AUGCGGGGCCCGACCAUUCUCAAAGCUGAAGAUGACAAGACACGACAGCUCAACAAGCACAACCUGAUGGCUUUCUCCGGGGAGGCAGGAGAUACCGUACAAUUCGCGGAGUUCAUCCAAGCAAACAUCCAACUAUACACGAUGCGGAACGAUACCGAGCUACGCUCCAAUGCAGUUGCGAACUUUGUCCGGGGAGAGCUGGCGCGGAGUUUGCGGUCCCGGAGUCCCUACACGGUCAACUUGUUGCUAGGUGGCGUGGAUCCCAUCUCGGAGAAGCCCCAUCUGUUCUGGAUAGAUUAUCUGGCCUCGUUGGCGCCCGUUCCAUAUGCCGCUCAUGGCUAUGCCCAAUACUACUGUCUCUCCACUCUCGACAAACACCAUCACCCCGAUAUCACUCUCGAAGAAGGCAUGAAGCUGCUAGAGAUGUGCACAGAUGAGUUGAAGCGUAGAUUACCGAUCGACUACAAAGGCGUUCUGGUGAAGGUGGUGACUAAGGACGGCGUGAGGGAAGUGCCUUUCGAUAACGACAAGAUUGUCAAGAGUGCUUAA